UGCCAGGGGCGGGGGCGGAUGCCUGGGCUCUGGGUCGGAAGCCGAAAGGGGGUCGCUGCCCAGCUGGAGCAGGAGUCCAGGGGCUGGCCUGGUGCAGGCGCGGGGGGGCAGGGGCCAGGGUGGCUGCGUUCCCGCUGCCUCCAUGUCAGGGUCACCCUGGGCCGCUCCCACACCUCUGCGGGAGGCAGCCUCCUCCUUCCCUGCCUCCGCAGUGGGGCCUCCGCGAGGUCCAGGCUGCUGUGCUGCGCGCCUGGGCCAGCUCCAAACACUUCUCGCCUUCCUCGUUCUUCCCACUUUCUACUCCAUGUCGGCCUGGUCGUUAACCCUUUCCCGCCAACUCGGGACCACUGAGUUUGACUUUCUCGAGAGAAUCAGGGUCCCUGGAACCCCUGUCAGUCCUGAGCUCUGGGAUGGAGCCUGAGACGGUGCUGUGGGGCCCAGAUCUGCAGGGUCCUGAACAGAGCCCCAGCGAUGCUCACAGAGGUGCCGAGAGUGGGAAUGAAAAGCAGGAAAGUUCUGGGGAGGAGAUCAUCCUGGGAGAUCCAGCUCAGAGUCCAGAAUUCAAGGACCCACCAGAGAUGCCUCUGGAGAGACCCUCUCAGGAUCCCUCAGCCCCCCAGGACCCUCCAUCCUCAGUGGGUCACUCCAACUCCUCGGACCACCAGACCCCUCUGGAUCCCCCAGCCCCCGAGGUAGUCCCGACCCCAUCUGACUGGACCAAGGCCUGUGAGGCCAGCUGGCAGUGGGGGACUCUCACCACAUGGAACAGCCCCCCUGUGGUCCCCGCCAAUGAGCCCAGCCUGAGGGAACUGGUGCAGGGUCGCCCCUCUGGGGCAGAGAAGCCCUACAUAUGCAAUGAGUGCGGCAAGAGCUUCAGCCAGUGGUCCAAGCUGCUGCGGCACCAGCGCAUCCACACCGGUGAGCGGCCCAACACCUGCUCGGAGUGCGGCAAGAGCUUCACACAGAGCUCGCACCUGGUGCAGCACCAGCGCACACACACGGGCGAGAAGCCCUACAAGUGCCCCGACUGCGGCAAGUGCUUCAGCUGGAGCUCCAAUCUGGUGCAGCACCAGCGCACGCACACGGGCGAGAAGCCCUACAAGUGCACUGAGUGUGAGAAGGCCUUCACCCAGAGCACCAACCUCAUCAAGCACCAGCGGUCCCACACUGGCGAGAAGCCCUACAAGUGUGGCGAGUGCCGGCGGGCUUUCUACCGCAGCUCAGACCUCAUCCAGCACCAGGCCACUCACACGGGCGAGAAGCCUUAUAAGUGCCCUGAGUGUGGCAAGCGCUUCGGCCAGAACCACAACCUCCUCAAACACCAGAAGAUCCACGCCGGGGAGAAGCCGUACCGCUGCACCGAGUGCGGCAAGAGCUUCAUCCAGAGCUCGGAACUGACCCAGCACCAGCGCACGCACACCGGUGAGAAGCCCUAUGAGUGCCUCGAAUGCGGCAAGAGCUUCGGCCACAGUUCCACCCUCAUCAAGCACCAGCGGACUCACCUGCGUGAGGACCCCUUCAAGUGCCCUGUGUGCGGCAAGACCUUCACCCUGAGUGCCACGCUGCUGCGGCACCAGCGCACACACACAGGCGAACGGCCCUACAAAUGCCCUGAGUGCGGCAAGAGCUUUAGUGUCAGCUCCAACCUCAUAAAUCACCAGCGCAUCCACCGAGGCGAGCGGCCCUACAUCUGUGCCGACUGUGGCAAGAGCUUCAUCAUGAGCUCCACCCUCAUCCGCCACCAGCGCAUCCACACGGGCGAGAAGCCCUACAAGUGCUCCGACUGCGGCAAGAGCUUCAUCAUGAGCUCCACCCUCAUCCGCCACCAGCGCAUCCACACGGGCGAGAAGCCCUACAAGUGCUCCGACUGCGGCAAGAGCUUCAUCCGCAGCUCCCACCUGAUCCAGCACCGACGCACCCACACAGGCGAGAAGCCUUACAAGUGCCCCGAGUGCGGCAAGAGCUUCAGCCAGAGCUCGAACCUCAUCACCCAUGUCCGCACCCACAUGGAUGAGAACCUCUUCGUGUGCUCCGACUGUGGGAAGGCCUUCCUGGAGGCACAUGAGCUGGAGCAGCACCGAGUGAUCCAUGAGAGGGGGAAGACCCCAGCCCGAAGAGCUCAGGGUGACACCUUGCUGGGGUUGGGAGAUUCAGCCCUGCUGACCCCACCGCCUGGAGCCAAACCACACAAGUGUCUGGUCUGCGGAAAGGGCUUCAAUGACGAGGGCAUCUUCAUGCAGCAUCAGAGGAUCCAUAUUGGAGAAAACCCCUACAAAAAUGCAGACGGUCUCAUCAACGCUCCAGCCCCCAAACCUCCUCAGUUCCGACCUCCAAGGCUCCCCUUUGGAGGAAAUUCCCACCCAGGUGCUGCAGAGGGCAGAGCUGACUCCUCAGGACAGCCCUUUAAAACGCCUGAUGGCCAGGAGAGCUUCAGCCAGAGGCUGGGGCUGCUCUCCUCCAAGUCCUACAUUUGUUCCCACUGUGGAGAGAGCUUCUUGGAUCGCUCUGUGCUCCUCCAGCAUCAGCUCACCCACGGCAACGAAAAGCCCUUUCUUUUUCCUGAUUAUAGGAUUGGCCUAGGGGAAGGGGCAGGGCCCAGUCCCUUCCUAAGUGGAAAGCCCUUUAAAUGCCCUGAAUGCAAAAAAAGCUUUGGCCUCAGCUCUGAGCUGCUGCUGCACCAGAAGGUUCACGCAGGUGGGAAAUCCCAGAAGAGUCCAGAGCUGGGGAAGAGCUCCUCUGUCCUCCUGGAACACCUCAGGAGCCCCCUGGGGGCCAGGCCCUAUAGCUGCUCAGAUUGUGGGGCCUCCUUCCUGGAUCGCCUGGCCCUCGUCCGGCAUCAGGAAACACACACCCAAGAAAAGUCCCCCAACCCUGAGGACCCCCUUCCAGAGCCAGCCACCCUGUCCAUAAGCCAGGAAGAUGAGGGGGAGGCCCCUACUCCCACAGGAAGCAGCAGCCACAAGGAUGGGGAAAAACCCAAAUCCCUCCUGGAGGAAAAGCCCUAUCUGUGCCCCGAGUGUGGAGAUGGCUUCACAGAAGUGGCAGCCCUCCUCCUUCAUAGGAGCUGCCACCCAGGUGUCUCCCUGUGAAAUAAGUCUGGAGACCAGGGGCCUCUCUCACCUGAGAGGGACACUGGAUACCCCCCACAUUGUGUGGGGAAUGGAGGACAACCCUAUCAGAUUGUAGAGAAGUAGAAGAUAACCCUGGCGAAAAAUAGUGCUUUUACAUCAGUGUUGAGAAAACCUAUAAAUUUGUUGGUGGGAACCACUUAUAAGGCAGUAGAGAAAAACUGUUGGGUUAGAAACCCUAUAAAUAUGUAGGAAACAAACAAAGCCCUUUAAGUCUGUAGCAGAAAAACCCUAUAAACCAUAGUGGAUAAAAGCCCUAUUAAUUGUAGGAAGAGGUCCCAAUAUGUCUCUAGACAACCCUAUAAAACUGUAUCAAAAUCUUAUAGGGUCGGGGAAGUGCAGGGAAUCCAGUGACGGCAUAGACCUGGGAGAAGUGGCCCCAGGAAGGUGCAGAGAAUGCUCCGGUGCGUGAAUUCCACGGCGUUCCCUCCCACAGGAGUGUGGGAAGGAGCUCCCUGCAGCCCUGGACAGUUACACUGAGGAGGAUGCUUGCUGGGGAGGAGUGGGAACUGGGUGCAACUGGAUAACGAAGGAAACAGAGGAGCAAAAUAAAUGAGAAGCCCUCAAACCCACAGGAGAGGCAAGAUAGAGACUAGGAAGAGAAAGCAGCUCAUUGCACUGGGGGUUCCUUGAGGUCCAAAGCCAACCUCAGAUGUAUUGUGUGCAUUAGGGGAAGAGGCUCAUAGAACCCCUUAUAAAAAGAACCCCAAAAUGGGAAAGGAAAAAAUUCUGUCAAGCUUCCUUAAAGGCUGAGCUUUGGAGUGCAUAAAACCUUUGGAGUAUAAGAAUACUGAGAAACCACCACAAACUUUAGGGGGAGGGGAGGUUCUGUUAGAUUGCUUUGAGGUAGCAAAGCAAGGUGGAAACACUUCAGAUGGGACCCAGCAGACUCCAGGCCAGCCUCCCUGUGUCCAGGAGCUUAUCAAACUGCAAGCAUAAGCAGAUCCCAGCUCAGGCCGCCAGGCAGGACUACCCUUCCCCACUUCAACUUCGAGGCCUCCAGGGUGGAGGGUGCCUCCUGCCACAUUCUCAGGUCUCACCGUCAGGAGGUUUUUCCUGAAAUCUGACUGCCACCAGUCUUGCUGCAGUGGCAGCCCAUUUCCUCGAAUUCUGUCCUCAAUGGAGAGGGAGAACUGCUGCUAGUUGACCUCCAAAGAAUAAAGCCCUUCAGAGACUAAAGGCCCGUGUGUGGUUGUCCUCCCUAGACAGAUUCUCUUCAAGUCAGCAAGAGCCAUGUGUGGGUUCCCUGCAGUAACAAGGGACAGCAAGUUGACAGCUUUGGUUAGCCAGCAACCCACCUUUAAACCUCAGCCUUUCAUCUGAGCUGGUAGCAAGGCUGUGUGCAAGAUGAGCCAGCCCACACGCAGUGGCGGAUAUGCACAUACCCUAGACUGGACCAUAGGUCCCUGAAGAGCCCCCGGAGUUCUGGCCAUCAUCCUCACCCUUGUACCUGGAGUCCUCUGAGGUGGCGAGGAGCCAACCUCAUGUCAUACUUGGGAAAGGAUGGAUUCCACCCACGUGGUUCUUCUCUUCUCCUUAGCCAGAAAUCUUCAGAGGGAAACAGAAGGAAGAGAUGUGUUCCUGUGCCAGGCCCAUCUCUCCUCACUCCACACAGUUACACACUCAUGAACCCAACCAGACCUGCUCCUGUGACUGGCUGUGUGGCUCAGAAGACUUGCCCAAUAAAACAGUAGAAGAGAGAAAAAUGUUGCAAGAAACAUCAGUGAUGAGAAUCCAACCCUCUAGCCCUGGAGACCUUUGAGAGGACUCUACUCAGUAUUGGGUCAGAAAGGAAGUACUCACUGACCCCGUGCUGGCACCAGUAAUGCAGUAUCCUGGAGUAAGAGGACAGACGCCAGGUUGAGGUGGCCAUUCAGGAGUUGUAUCCCCAGAGGGGUGACCUGGAUUCCUACAGAGUUGUGGAAGAGACCUCUAAUUCCAUGAUCUGAAAGUUCAAAAGGUGAAAAUCCUUGACCCUUCAUCUAUCCUGUCCCCAAAGGGAUGACCCUGAAAUUUAAAAGGAUCAAAAUUAGAACAUUGUGGUAGAAAACUCCCAGGCCUGCUGGGGAGAGGAAAAGGCAGGCCUUAUAUGAUUGUGGGGAGAACCUUGUACUUAUCUGCAUAAAGCCCCACCCCACCCAAGUGCCAGGUAGGAAAGCACUACUGAGAGGGAGGAGCCUGCCUGCCGACCUCAUUGAUGGAAAAUGUUCACAAAGGGGGUGUCCCUGUAAGACUAAGAAGAGGAGAUAAAUCCUCCAAGUCUAAGCAGAUUGUUCCCCCCUCUAAGAUGGUAGCAGAAAGAAACUUAAGUUGUAGAGACAAAACCCUUGUAAAGCUAGACGCGAAUUCCCUCAGAAACAGGUCUGAGGAUUCUGUCUCCAGAAAAAAAGAGUCCUGGGGACUCUUUAGGGGCUUUGGGGGCUGAGGCCAGGUUAGGGGAAGUGGUCAGAGUAGUUGAAGGCCAACUGUAGGCCUGUGAGGACUAGGAUAUAGCAUAUGUAGUAGGAUGCUCGCAUGUUGUAGGGAUGGGUAAGGGCUAAGAGUCUUGACUCUGGUACUGAAUGGAUGAUGUGGACACAUUUGUUGGGGGUCUGGGGUUUCCUAGUAGGAAAGGGGCAGUGUCACAGACCUCUAGGAUGUGGCCUGUUUUCUCUUGCCCACCUCCCCAAAUUGUUUUAGCCAGGUGCUCCCCUCCCAUCUUGGGAGGAAGUGAGCAGAGAGAUGGCAGUGUCCAGAGUCCCUCUGACCGGCUCAGGCAAAGGCCCAGGGGUCGGGCACUUGCUAACCAAAACCGAGUCUGGAAGGCAGAGUGUAGCCAAACCCUCUUAUUCAACUCCUUGCAGACCCAGACCCCUCAGGUGGGCCCUAGUGGAAGAGUCCGGUGAACAGGGUCAGAGAGUCCUCAGUGAAGACAGAGGGAAGAGUAGAAACUGAUCUGAGCUUAGGGUGAAACUUGAAACUGCUGUGGAUUUGGAGGUCAGACGGGAACUCAAAAGAACUGGGCAUGAAUCCUGAAUGGUGGGGAAACUUGAAACCAUCACAACCAAGAGGUGGGGUUCCAUGACACCCUGAGGUGAGCAGCUCCCAGACUCAUUUGCCCCCAUUAGGGAAGCCCCACUCACCUGACUUGUCCCCAUGGAGUGAAGAUAGGCCCCACUUUUGAGUGUUGUAUGUCAAUAACAGUGUUGUGUCACCGGUGGUCAUGUCGAUUAGUUGAAGAGAAUAAAGGGAAUAAGAUUUCCCAGG